AUGACGUCCACCAAUCCGCCAACAGAGCCUCAAGCAACAGCUUCCUCCGAUGGCCUCCUCGACUUCCCCGCCGCCUCAGCCGUCAAACUCGAACCGCAUCUUCCACCAGUUACCAGCACCAGCACCAGCACCAACACCAGCACCAACACCAACACCAACGCAAAGAAGCCCUUCGUAACCCUAACCUUCGCCACAUCCCUCGACUCCUCCCUCUCCCUCGCCCCAGGAGUCCGCACCACCCUUUCCGGCCCGCAAUCCAAAGCCAUGACGCAUUACCUACGCUCUCGCCACGCCGCCAUCCUGGUGGGCGUCGGAACAGCCGUGGCUGAUGAUCCGGGGUUGAACUGCAAGAUACUGUCUCCUUUUGUUGCGGAAGCAGGAGUUAGGGAGCAGCAUCCCAACCAGCCUCGACCCAUCAUCCUUGACCCUUCUGCGCGGUGGGAAGUUAAUGAGCAGAGUAAGGUUAUCCAGCUUGCUAGACUGGGACAGGGGUUGGGGCCGUUUAUAUUUGUGGCGAAAGAGGUGAGCAGUGUGUCGGAAGAGAGGAGGGCGGUUGUGGAGAGUGUUGGGGGGAAGUUUGUGCAUGUCAAGAGUGUUGAGGGUGAGGGAUUCGCAUGGGCAGACGUGUUGCGGGCGAUCAAGAAAGAAGGGUUGGAUAGUGUGAUGAUUGAGGGGGGGGGAAGUGUGAUUAACUCGUUGCUGACUCUGGAGCAGGGAGGAGAGCAAGAGUUGGUGGACUCGGUGAUUGUUACGAUUGCACCGACGUGGUUGGGGGCUGGAGGUGUGCUGGUUUGUCCGCCGAGGGUGAUAGGGAAGGAUGGACAGCCGGCGCCGCCGGUGAGGCUUAGGGAUGUGUCGUGGCAUCCGUUGGGAGAGGAUGUAGUGUUGUGUGGUAAGAUUCUGAGGUAG